AAGAUAUCCGCUCUUUCUCUCUCGCGUUCUUCAUCUGAUCAUCUCUUUCCAAUUUCCAUCUCCCUCGAUUUUCUGGUUUUUUGUUCUUCGAUCCAAUAAAGCUUCAAAAAUGACGGGAGGAUAACAGAGCGUGGAUCGAUUCUUAAUUUUAAUUAUAUUUAUCCAUUUAUCAUUAUUCAUCUUCCAUCUUUACCUCAUUAAUUGGGUAAUUUCUUCUUGUGGCUAUUGCUCGUUUGUGCUCGAUUUGAGGAUGGACGCAGAAAUAAUAGACUCCAUUACUGCCAGAAAAGUUCAGAAAGCUGACCGUGAAAAAUUGAGGAGGGACCGCCUGAAUGAACAAUUCAUGGAGUUGGGGAACACGCUCGAUCCGGACAGACCAAAAAAUGACAAAGCUUCCAUUCUAACCGACACGAUUCAAAUGCUGAAGGACCUGACUUCUCAAGUGGACAGGCUAAAAUCUGAAUAUGCAGCACUCACCGAAGAAUCCUGUGAGGUGUAGUUUCAGAAAGAAAAAAAGAAAUAAAAAAAUAACUUCUCACUAGGUAAAAGAUCGAUUGUUAUCAAGAUUUCACCGUGUUCUNCAAUGUACCCUUGGGCUGGAAUGGAUCACUCGGUUGUGAUGCAUCCACCCUCUUAUCCAUUUCCCAUGCCUGUCCCCAUGCCUGCUCCCAUGCCUGCUCCCAUGCCUGCUGGCCCAAUCCCUUUGCACCCUUCUUUGCAGCCUUACCCGUUCUACGGGAACCAAAAUCCGACCGUUGUUCAUAAUCCGUGCUCUACUUUUGUCCCGUACAUGGCCCAUAAUGCCCUGAUUGAACAGCACUCGACCCAGAAUGUGUCUCAAACUGUGCCACAAAGUAACAACAAGUCCCAUGGUUCGGGCAAACAGGACUCUAAGUAUAAAACGUCUGAUGUUGAGAGUAGAAUAGAGAAAAGUGAUGACUCAAAUGACGUUACUACGGAUCUAGAGCUUAAAACGCCUGGAUCUACACCUGAACAGGAUUCUUUGAAGCAUAAGAAAGCCAAAAAAAUCAAAGAAACUGUCACUACAGAUGCAAGUUCUUCCAUUGGGUGUUCCUCAGCUCAAAGUGUGCAGGCUAUCUCGUCCAACAGUGUCGUUGGUGGCAAAAGAACUGACAGUUGACAAAUGAAACGGGAUGUUUGUUAUUAUAAUUGUGAUUGCUAUUGGAAUCAGCAUCUUUGGGAAACUUCAAUUCAAGAGCAAAGUAGAUUGAAAGCCCACACUCAAAGCAUAUAUUCUAAAAGCCAACAUUUCUAUAUAAGUUUACAGACAAUGCAAAUCUCAUAGCCAGGAAAAAAACAAGAUAAAGAAAAUGGAUUGGAUUCACGCCAAGAGAAGAGGUCCAGAAUGGAAGCAAAGCUCGACAGAUCAAAGGCUGUCUUCCAUUUCUGCCCCUCCUCUCCCUUUACUGGUCAUUUUCACCAUUGUUAUCUUCUUGCUCUCUCUCUCACAGUACAGUUCAUACAAGGAGCAAACAAGCCAUGCUUUUGUCGGUUUCAAGAUUUUUCUUCUUCUAGUGCCCGUUUUGCUCGUCGUUUUAAUGCAGUCGAGUCUACUUUCCGGCAAGGCGUGGCGGCUCGACUGGCGGUCUUCGUCACAGUCGACAGUUGGGGCGGCGGGUUUUCCAUGGUGCAUGGCAGUUUUGGUGGUGGUUGUUUUGCUGCUGGUGGCUUACCAGUCAUCUUUUCAGUCCAAGUGGUUUGUUUCCUUUUGGAAGUUCUGAUUAGAGAUUAGUGAUUAACAGAUUAAGAGUGAAAUAUUGAUGAAGCUAAUGGCCAACUUCUUUCUUAUCAUAUUAUCUCUCUCUCUC